GAGCGGGCCAUUUUCUGCACUCUGCAAAUCCCUCACCAAUCUGAGCAAGUUGUCUGGGGAGUUGGUUGGGGGGAACCCGAAUCAAGGAAGGUUCAGGUAUGAACCUUGUCCGCCGACAAGCGGUUGUCCGCCGACAACCAGGGGCUCCGGGAGAAUAAACGACAGCCGGACAACGUAGGGGCAUCCACCUCUCCAAGUUCGGCCCAGGGCAGGUGGAAGCUAAACGGAUGCGGAGGAUGGAAGAAAAGAGAGUGUCCAGGCCUCAGGCAUGGCGAUGCCCUAAGGCCGGCGUGGCGGUGACAGUGGUAUCCGGAGAGUCGUCCUGGGCAGCGCAGCGGGGGCUGGGGGCCGGGCGGCUCCCGGCGUGGGCAUCCGGAGAUUCCCGUCGUAGCCCCCGCUUAUGCGGUUACCAAGGCAACUGGGCGGCACCAGCGCGAGCGGGAAGGCGGAGUACGUCGAAUUUUUGUAGGCUAACCUGGAGACUUAAGGAGUGGCCCUCCCUGAGCUUCCAGUCCCAGAGACCACGGUCUCUGCUCCAGGAGGUAACCCUUACCCAGGGGGCCAUGGGUCGGAUCUCGGGACUCGUGCCCUCUCGCUUUCUGACGCUCCUGGCGCAUUUGGUGGUCGUCAUCACCUUAUUUUGGUCGCGGGACAGCAACAUCCAGGCCUGCCUGCCUCUCAAGUUUACCCCUGAGGAAUAUGAAAAGCAGGACAUGCAGCUGGUGGCAGCGCUCUCUGUCACCCUGGCCCUCUUUGCAGUGGAGCUGGCCGGUUUCUUCUCAGGAGUUUCCAUGUUCAACAGCACCCAGAGCCUCAUCUCCAUUGGGGCUCACUGUAGUGCAUCUGUGGCCCUAUCCUUCUUCAUAUUUGAGCGUUGGGAGUGCACCACGUACUGGUACAUUUUUGUCUUCUGCAGUGCCAUCCCAGCCGUCACCGAAAUAGCAUUAUUCAUCAGCGUCUUUGGGCUGAAAAAGAAACCUUUCUGAUACCUUCGUGACUGGAAGUAGGGAUGAAGGCUGGAGAAGCGAGGGACCACUCACCGUUCCUGGAAGAAGGGAACCAUAGACUUCAGCCCUCCCCCUAAAACUGCAUUUGGUGGAGGAUGUCAGUGUUAGGGUAAUUGUCUCUCGAGUCUGGAGUUAUGAGUUUUGUUUACAAUUCUUUGUAAAAAAAAUAUAUUUUAGGGUAAGAUCAAGACUUACUGGAAUUCGUGGCAGUACAGUGGUUAGGACUCCGCGCUUCCACUGCAGGGGGCGCGGGUUUGAUCCCUGGUCGGGGAACUAAGAUCCCGCAUGCCGCGCAGCGUGGCCAAAAAAAAAAAAAAAAGAUAGAUCAAGACAUAAAAAUUUCAGGAGAAAAUUGGGGUGGCCAAUCUACUAUAGAAACGGAAGUCUUGCACUCUAAGAUACUAGAUGUCGCUUUUAUUUUGGUUAUUACGGUAGCUUUCUGGCGGAAGGGGGUGGGCGGGGAUAUGUAAAUAAAGUGAGGCGGCCGGGUACGACAGCAGGCUCUUAAGUGAGUGGAGCGUUCUGGGAGGAAUUAGCCUAUGCUUUUUUGACGCCAAAUGCAAAAAUAUAUUUUAUAACAUCUGCAAAUAAAUGUAGCAACAGAAAUGGAAGAACCUAGAUAGCUUUAGGUUGCUCAGGGUAACGUGUUGGGUUCUCACCCUCGCUCAAAGUGGAAUCUUUUUCCCAGAGUACGGAAUGCCCCAGAGUUUUCUAUAUCGUCAGGUAGGAUAAUCCUUACCUGUUUCUCCUUUUGGAGAACAGAAUGGAAUAUGAUGAUUGGAGCACGCAUGAUUUCGUGAUUAACGGCUGUGCGUAAUCAGGCUUUGCAACAUCCUGAUUGCUCCUCUCUGAUUCUUUCUGACGAUCUUUAUCUUUAGUGUAGUUCUUUCCGUGGGUAAUAGUUAAGUGUUUUUAGCGGUAUGGUAUGCUUAUUGAAAGAAGAAACAGACGUGUUAUUCGUGUCCAGAGCACCAGAGUUUCUUGG